CUGAAAUCAAAAGAUGGAUAUCUAUGACCCCCAGACUCUUGGGAUUAUGGUGUUUGGUGGUUUCAUGGUGAUCUCUGCUGUAGGGAUUGCCCUGGUUUCCACCUUCUCCAUGAAGGAAACUUCCUAUGAGGAGGCUCUUGCUAAACAACGCAGGGAGUUGGGUAAAAUACAGUCGGUUCGCUCAGAAAAGAAGAAAAAAGACAAAGUAGCAGAGAAGAAGACUCGUGGGAAGAAAAAAGAGGAAAAGCCAAAUGGAAAAAUCCCAGACCAGGAGAAGUCUGAAGAAGGUGCUGACUCUGAAGCUGAAGCAGCCAUUGAGCCCGGUGCUGCUCCAGCUGUAGCUGCUGUUCCUGCCACUGAGCCUGCUCCACUGGUUGACGUCAAACCAUCUGCAGCCCCAGUAGUUGUGGAAUCUCAACCCAAGCCUGGAGCUGAGCCUAGCUUAGCUGCUGAGCCCUCACCUGUGCCCUCUCCUAAGGAGAAAAAGAAGAAGAAAGUGGCAAAGAUUGAGCCAGCCUCAACUCAGCCAGCCCCCACAGUGGUGUCUGCUCCCGCACAAGUAAAGUCUUCAGCAGCCUCUUCUAUGACCCAGGCUCCUCUGUCUGCACAGACCAAAGCAGCCCCUUCACCCUCUGCGCCAGCUUCAACCAAGUCUGCAACAGCAUCUGCAAAAUCUACUUCUACAUCUACAAAGUCUGCUCCAAAUCCAUCCACCAAAUCUGCCCCUCCUCCAGCCACUGCCUCAGCAUCAACCAAGUCUAGCAACACCCAAGCUAAAUCUGCUGCCCCUGCACCAAAUAAAUCUGCCCCUGCACCAAGCAGGUCUGUUCCAGCCACAGCAAAGUCCACACCAGUUCCAUCGAAGGCUACCCCAGUGCUGGAGACCGUCACCAAAGAUGUCCCUGUGAUGGCUGUGCCUCCGGUAGGGUCUCAGCAGGCUCCAGCUGCUCCAAAUAAAACACAGGAACCCAAGAAAAAAGCUUCCAAAAAGAAGUCAGAGUCCGCAGCAGCAGCAGCGGUUGAUUCUGCCGACGCUCCUCUGUACCUGCCCUAUAAAGCUCUGGUUUCCACCAUCAGCAGCAUGAUGUUCAGUGAGAGAGAGGCGCACCGGCUCAUUGAGAUCCUUUCUGAGAAAGUCGGCACCAUUCAGGAUACCUGGCACACGGCCACUCAAAAAGGAGAUCCGGUUGCCAUGCUCAAGAAGCAACUGGAGGAGAGAGAAAAGCAGCUGGUAGCAGAGCAAGAGGAUGCUUCUGCUGCAAAGAAUCGUCUUCGAGAGAUCACUAAGGAGCUGUCGGCAGAGAAGUCAAAGGUUGCCAGUGUGGAGACCCGGCUCAGCUCUCAGCUGAGUAAGAGAGAACAAGAAAUGAUUGCUCUGCAAGCUCGCAUGCAGGCCAGUUACCAGGACCAUGUAGCCCAGACCCAGAGACUCAAUGCAAAGAUCCUGAGCCUGCAGGACCAGCUGGAAAAAGGUCCUAAUGCCCAACUUGCUCGUCUACAGCAGGAAAAUUCAAUCCUCCGUGAUGCCCUAAACAAAGCAACUAGUCAAGCUGAGAGCAAACAAAAUGCAGAGCUGGCCAAGCUACGUCAGGAAUGUGCAAAGUUGACCAAAGAGCUGGGAGAGAAGACUGAAAAUCUGCUUGCUGAUGAGCACGUCAGAAAAGGGCUGGAGUCCAAGCUCUCUGCUGCAGAGAAAAAGCUCACACUGCUGCAGGCAAGCAGUGCAGAAAGUGAGCAAGCAUUGCAGAAGAGACUAGAGGAGGUGUGUGAGGAGCUCAGGACAACACAAGGCAAAAACAACAGCCUGCAAGCCACUUUGGAGAAGACCCAACAAGACAGUGGCGCACUAACAGAGUAUCAAGUGCGCAUAGAGAGGUUGGAGGCUGAGGUCAAGGAGCGGUCUGCUCAGGUGGAUACCCUCAAUGCCCAGCUGCAGGAGACGCAGGUAGAGAAGAACCAGCUUACACAGCAAGUAGCUUCAAUCAACUCUCUGUUGGAGGCAAGUCAGAGUAAACAUGAUGAAGACGGCAAGCAGCAGGUGAAUCCAGCUGAACUGGAACAUCUAAAGCUGGGCCUUCAAGAAAAGGACACCCAGUUGAGUGCACUUCAGGAGGAACUGAAGCAGCUGCAGAUUAAGAAGGAAGCUGCUGAGAACACUAUCGCUGAACUUGAGCAAAAAAAUAAGAGCGAGGAUGCCUCCCUCGUCACUUCACUUCAGGAAGAACUGAAAAACCUCAAAGAGGAGAUGGUGCAAGUUAAAAACUCAAAAUCUGACAGUUCAGCAGAGAUUACACAGCUGCAGAACAGUCUGUCUGAGAAGGAUUCUCUCAUUACUUCACUACAAGAGGAGCUCCGGGGAGCAAAAGCAACUACAGAUCCUGAUGCUGUGGCUCAACUGGCAGCUCUGCAAAGAGAAACCAAAGAGGCUCUUCAGUCGCUCUUCCCACAGAUACCAGUAGAGACGGAACAGUCCAACUGGUUGAAAUCAUUCACACAGGAAGCUCAGAAGACACUAAGCCAGCAGAGUCAGGAGUCCAUCUCAACCACGGCUUCGCCGGAGAUCCUGGAGAAACUGAAGGAAUCGGAGGAGAACUACAGUUCCCUGCAGGCUGAAUGUGAUCAGUACAGGACUGUCCUGGCUGAAACUGAAGGAAUGCUGAAACAUCUGCAGAAAAGUGUAGAAGAAGAGGAGUUGGUUUGGAAGUCAAAGAUGGCAAACUCAGAAGAACAGCUGAAGGAGGCGUUGCAGAAAGUCGGCAAGCUGGAAGCAGAAAACCAAAGUGUAGAACAGCUGAAGGAACAAAUUAUGCUUCUGGAAGCUCAGCUUGAAAAACAAUCAGAUAACCCAAUGACCUCAGAAGCAGUGGAACAGCUGAAGCUGCAGUUGUCAGAUUGUCAGAACCAGUUGGAUUUGGCCCAGAAGGAUGUCAAGGCACACAAGGAGGAACUUCAACAGGUCAAAGCGCAGCUUGGUGAGCUCAUGAAGCAGACUCAGGGAGAGCAGAAUGGCCCAGCUGAGGCUGAAACCAGUCAGGUCCAGGACGAAUUGAGUCGGAUGACAGUAAAGCUGCACGGGGAGGAGACCCUGAGGCAGCAGCUGUCAGAGGAAUUUGAGCAGGCUCAGAAGACAGUAGGUGAACUACAAGCCCAGCUGGAUCUUUUAAAAGCUUCUUCAGAUGCGCCACAGUCGGACACAGAAGAUUUAGCUCAGCUUAAGGAGCGCCUUGAGAAGGAGAAGAAGCUGUCCAAAGACCUUGGCCAAGCAGCCACUAAGCUCCAGCAGCUUCUUAAAGCCACUCAGGAGCAGCUGACCAAAGAGAGAGAGACUGUGAAAACACUACAGGAGCACCUGGAGCACAAGGGAGAAAUUGUGGAACUGAAGGAAGGAACAUCUGUCUAAAAUCUCUGGGAACGCUACCAUAAAGCUGCCAAAUAUGCCUUAUGAUUACCUAGUUAUGCAUUCCAAAUUUAUUCUUCUUGUACUGUAGUUUGCAUUUUGUUGCAACUGUAGGGAUCAAAUAUUUUUUUGUAAUGAAGAUUUCAGCGUAAGAUUAGUGGAGAGAAUCCUGCUGCAGUCUUUACUGAAGCUCACAUUCCAUCUACAAUUCUGACCAUGUCAGAAGUUAUUUAUCCCCUUGCCUUAUAUUCCAAACAUUUCCUCAUAGUUCAGUGUUAAAAGGGAACAUGAAGGCACGUCAGACGUGCUUCAAUCUGUGCAAUUACCUUGUAUGUCUUUUCUAUGUGGUUGAAUGAUGGGAACAUUUUAUGGUUCAUUGUAGAGCCUGCUUUCCUCUGCAUCUGGCUGACAAUACAUCAGAUUGGUAUGAAUGAAUAAACUACAGUUUAGCACUAUC